UCGGCACGCGGCCUGGUUUCCUCCUGAGCCCUGGUUCCCUCUGCUGUCAUGUUUAAGGUAAUAAAGCUGCUUGCUGUUCCUGCUAGCUUGAGCUUUGUGUCCCUAUGUGUGCAUGCUGCCAGUGAGAAGACAAAUGCAAAGGAUUUCAUAAAGCUGCAAGAGCUUUCUAGUCCUGUUCAAGAAGCAAAAUAUGUGGAAGACAGACAGACACAAUUGAUUAUUUCAUGGCUGAGACUGUCCGUUGCUCCAUAUACAAGCUGGUUUCAGGACACUUAUUCCAAGGCCAAGCCCAAGAUGGAAACUGUUUUGGAGCAUUCAAAAGUGACUUAUGAAUUUCUAAGAGAUGCGCCUCCCGGUUUCUACCCGAGACUUGGCCUAAUUGGCUUUGUAAGAAUUGUUAGAUUGUUUCUUGCCAGAGGUUCAAGAAUAAAGAAAGUAAUCUACUCACUUGGUUUUAUAGGAAUCUGAGCUUCACUUUAUUACCCUCAGCAAGCUGCUACCAUUGCAAAGGAUACUGGUGCAACCCUGUAUGACUUAGGCUUAAAAGGAUUUAUUACUGUUGAAUCCCUAUGGAAAGAUGGUGUGGAAAAAAGAGGUCCAGUAAAAAGGAAAGUGGGAAGUCUGAAGUGAACUCUGAGCCACCA